AUGUUCAAAACUACUGAAAAAAACUCCAAUUUUGAAAUUUCACCAAAUAAAACGUCACUACGAGAACGUCUGCGUGCCCGACACGAGAAUGCACUUGAAACCUUUAGAAAGUCUAUGAACUGCCUCCAUGAGGGGGUUGAUAGUACUCAAAAGGAAGUUGCACUACGACUUAAGCAAGAGUUAGAUAAGAGUCAUGCAGUGACAGCUAUGAUUCUAGCUGCUGAAAAGCACAAGAUACAUGCGCACAUUGAAUUGUUAGAUGAACACGCCACACGCUGUGAAAACGUCUCAGAGGGUAGUAUACUUCCUCCAUUCGAAGACCAUUUCUUUAGAGCCACGGAAAUCGAUUAUGAAGCUGGCAUGGGGCGUAUGAAAGAGGAGCGAUACUAUUUGCUAAACCAAGCGGAAGCCUUACAAAAGCAAUACAGUACCCGCGUAGUGUUGAUCCAAGGCUCCAUUAAUGAGAUGAAGGAGCACGAAACUCAUCGAAAGGAUGCCGUCCAAGCCGCCCUCCGCGAUGUGAUGUUGUCCUUAGCCAAAAUCAGCUAUUGCAACGUGACAGCCUCCCAUGUACUGGCUCAACGCGAGCUCCACUGCGUUAACAAUACCAUCGCAACCAACUAUGAAGGCAUCCAGACUCUUUUCGCUCAGCUUAGCUGUCGUGAAGUACUUAAACAGGAACGAUACACGGCCGAGAUGGCUGAUAUUUACAACCAGGCACUGGAUUGUAUGGCCAAAAGUAGCGCGUAUUGGUUGCGCGCCUUACUUCAAUCGGCGCAUUUUCGUCGACCUGUGGAGCGUGAGGAAUGCAUUAAAAGGGUUUCGAAUUUGACUGCCGCGGCGCAUACCCAUGGUACUCAAUUUCUUAGUAACCUCAAAGUCAUAAUUGACUCUUUGAAGGACAUCUCUAAGCCCCCUGCUGGUACAAAGGAGGAGGACUACCAACUCUGCGGUGGCAGUACACCUACUGGCUGGCUGCGGUACUACUGCGGUGAGACGAGUAGUGGCCUCGUUCCCAUAAAAAGUUGUGCGGAGGUAGAAGAUGAGUGGCGUAUGAAGGCAAGUGUGGUAGUACGCAACAAUGGCUCCCGCUGUGUUGAGCUGUCGGAUAAAGUGCAAAGUAUGGAGAAUACUCGAGCAGGCGUCGCCGAGUGUUUAAAUCAGCUCCUGAUGGACAUUAUUGAGUGGGUGCAUACCCCUAUGGAGGAUGAGAUAGAUUUGCUUCGACUUGCAUCGGCUCCGGAAGCCAUCCCUGAAGAUUUAAAAUGCAAUGACGAAGCAUCAUUUAUCAAGGGCGAAUACAAGCCCUUCACAAGCAUCCGUUCCAGCCGGGCAACUGAGUUGAAGACGGUGUACGGACAUUUAUUGGAGCCUAUUAUUACUUCCGUAAAGGCAGAGGCGGAUUGGUUCACCAAAGUUGCAACUAAUGGGCUGCACAAAAAACAAGACAUCUUUGAGCAGUCAUUGCUGCGUGCUAGCACAAGCGUGCUUCAGUGGUUCGAAAAAGCAUCGGAUGCAUUAGUACACACUACCAAUGGCGUUGUGGGUUACCUACGUGAGUUUUACCAAAAGUGCCAUGAUGCACGUAUGUGCUAUAACGAUGAGCUGACACAGAUAGAGCAGCGGCUCGUUGUGUUGCAAGAUCGACUGGAAAAGGCAGAAUCUAAGGAAGAGGCCGAGAAACUCUUCAGUGAAGGUUUGAAUUGCCUCGAACAAGUAGCUCAACACCACAUUCGUUUUCAUAACGAAAGCAUUUAUCAGCUGGACCAAGCAGUGGCUUCCGUGGGGGCGAAUACGAAUCAGUACUGCUCUGCGAUGCUUGAUAAUAUUCGUGUCGAGUCAGUGGAAGAAACGGAGGCCCGAGUUGCCCGGGAACAUCAAGCUAAGGUCGAAUCUAUUAUGACCAUGUUGGCGCUUCAGGAGCAGCAGCAGAAAGGGAAACGCGGGAACCGAAAGGGAGCUGAGGAAGCCACCAAUUGUUUAACUUUGGAUCCUGUGACUGAGGACGAGAUCUCCGUGGAUGUGGUUAACUAUCCGCAGUUAACCGCACAGUCUGGGGUAAUAUAUAACAUAAUUGCUCCCAUGCAACUUAUUCAGCGGCAGAGUUAUGAAAACAAUAAUCAUAUCAACACACCUUUGAUGUCUGAACCUACGAUGGUGUCCGCCGAGUUUGUUUCAUGUUAUGAUUCACUUUUUUCGGAAUCAAUUAAGAGUAAUGCUAGUGGGUUUAUUUCAGAAGAGGAUGACAUUACAGUCUGGAAAGAGGACCUGCGUCUGGGACUGCUCAACUGGACACUGUCGCUUCAGGAAUACACAAUGGAUAAUAUCAAGGCCUUUUGCCAACGCGCGCGAGGGGAUAUGUCGAUCGAAACGAGCGAGUUUCUACGUUUUCACCGUCGCCGACCUGCAACUCUGCAGGUGCAGGUCUAUGAGUCUCGUGUUCGCCACCUCGAGGACGACGCCCACGUGGCAAUGAAGUAUGGUGUACGCUUACGAGAACGUGUUGCAAUAGUGUUAUGUGUGUACGAAGAAUUUAAGGCAAAUGAGGUAUGGGCUGCUGAGGACGCUCAAGUGUUAGCACAACUCAAAGAAAUGGAGGUGCAGGCUCUAAAAGCGCCCAAUGCUUCUGCGUUACAGAGUCGAGAGCGCCAGUAUAAAACUGUGUGUAUGCAAUAUGUAAAUUGCGUGGAACACCGUUCAGAGGUACUUCUGGAUCGUGUAAAGGGCGCCAUAUCAUCUUUAACACUUGAAUUAAGCCAACUCCAGACGUCUCACUCGCCACACCUAAGAGAUGGUGGCAAGGCGGCAAUGGAACGGAUUCAUGCUGUUUUGAAUGAGCUUGAAGAAACUAAGACCAACGUGAGUCAUCACGCUGAGAUGCAGCGCGAAGAACGCUCUAACACGAUUCAGACACUCCAAGUCGGCUACGAUGCUGCUCAUGCACGUACCACCUCGGAGCUACAGCUUAUUACUCGUCUUCAGGAGUGUGCUUCCCGCUUUAGGGUUCAAGUACAAUCUUUUAUUACUACCUCCAAGACAUCCGAGGAUGCUUUAAACUGUGAUAUCAAUUUUCUAGACACAAGCCGUCAGCGUGUUCCACUGAGGCCGGAUUUUGUGACCACCAUCUUAGCGAGCACUCGCCUUGACAUACCGAUAGCGACUGAGGUAGAUAUCUCUGAAAAACACAAAACUGAAGGGCGUGUGGAGUCGCCGCUACCAACCACAGAAGUUCUUGUCGCACAACUCGAGCGUGAGCUGCAGAUUGUUAAGAUAAAAACUCAGCAAGAUCUGAAAAUGUGCACAGCAACCGAGGUGCUCUCUACUCUUGAUGAAUUAAGAGAACGUCUCUUCAUCCGCGGUGUUAUCCUACAGGCCCUCCACCACAACAUCGAGAUGCUUAUUGUUGAUCCAGCGCAUUACAUAGCUCCAAAAAUUCCUCGUAGUGGCGGUUCAGACGGCCAGUAUGUUUUAAACUCCUCAGCCGGUGUUUCUGAGCGCCCCAACAGUGGUCACCUUGGAGGGGCACGCCGUAGCGGGAAGGGUGUAAAAUCACAGGGCGCGACGCAUUUCAUCGUCCCGGUGCUCGAGCAGCAGCCACUUCCUGCAGCCACCUCGGCUCUCGCGCAGCUAGGGGCAUGGGCUUCGGCGUUUAGGGCUGCCGCUAUGGAGUCGGCGCGAGCACACUUUGCGGUCUAUCCUAUGCCCUUGAAUCACUCAUUACCCUAUAUCUUAGCGGAAGCCGCAACGGCUGGCCUUGAGCGCAAGCCAUCAACUGCGUCCAUUGAGCCAGGCUCUCUGGAUGAAGUUGAAAUGGCCAUCAAUUCCAUGUGUCGUUCCCAAGAAACCCAUAUCCGUGAUCAUGUUAGAGAAGCUCUAAGAGUUUAUCGCCAGCAACUACAGCUAGCAUUUAACAUAUUGCAGACACUGCCACAGUGGUUGAGCGCAUCCGUGUAUCACAUUUCAGCCACUGCAGUGAACCUCUACGUUCUAAGUGUACUUCAGCGUUUUGAAGCCUUUCACCGACUUUCAACAACUCUUCGUAUAGCAAAUGACCAAAAGAUGAAAGUAACACUCAGUUCACAAUCCAAAAAAGAUGUAUUGCAAGGGUUAAUCGCAUCAGAGUCCGCUCGUCAGGCACUAGCUAUGGAGGUCAUAACCCGCUUUUGGGGCUUUGCUUUGCAUGGACUUCAGGAAGAAGCAAGGGAACAUGCAACGCGAUGCUACACUAGCAGCAACAGUCUUAUGUCUUUGUUUAGAGGCCUUGUGAGCCCGGCUCACCUUGUAGCCUUGGGUGAAGGUGAAAUAGUGGAGGGACACCACCGAGGCCUCAGGUACCUGAAGCAGCUUAAGUCAAAAAAUGCUCAAGCUACGUUGCAGAAUGAAUCACCAGGCAGCAAUAAUGCAUUAAAUCGUGAUGCUCGUAUUCAGGAUUCCUCAGCACUCGGAAAGCAGGAACCCUCGAGCAGUCGAAGAAUCGUCAACUCUGGCAACAAGGAGCGUGGUCAUAAUUCUAACCUAGAUAGCAUGUAUGGCGGCAACAAAGUAUUGACACCCAUCAAUUAUGCAAUGGUGGAGUUUUUGGGUCUUCCAACUUCUCAGGUGAGGCCGCUAGAGGCCUUUUGUGCGGAACACCCAGAUUGUGUUGUGGCUUCACCCAUGUCUGGGUCCACACAUUCCCAUUUGCCACCGGUUGAGGACGUUGGCACAGCUACUGCUAGCGGUAUUGGAGUCCGUACUGCAGGAUCCGUAAAAAAGUCAAUCCAACUAGAACAAGUGGUCACUGCUCCUCCAGAAAUUCCACGCACUUCACCAUUUAUCGUGCCGGAGACAAGACUCUUCCGUGAAACCGUUACCCUUGCCCACAAAUCAGUUGAGGAAUUAAACACGGCCCUGCAGGAAAUCAUACAGCUUCUGAAUAAAGCCUUUCAUGGAUGGCUACAACGGGAAACUCACUAUAAGCAGAAUUGGGAGCUAUCUGUCAAAACUUUGCACAAUGUUAGCGCACGACGAUAUAGUUUAAGCUCAACUACCGGCUUAAGUUUACCAGAGAAUGACAAUGCUGAGUAA